AGAGCAGACGAGACGCGGCCGCCGCUGCUGCCAUCCUAGAGCGGUGUGGCACCACUUCCGCUUCCGGUGCCGCCAUUUUGCCGUGAGACAGCAGGGAGGGGGGCCGCCGGGAUGUUGUUCGCCGCCGAUUACGAGGACUCCAUACCCGAGAGGGCCUACGAGCUCGGCGCGCCCGUGCAGUACCGCUUCUCGCCCUACACCUUCAACGGAGGGACUGUGCUGGCGAUUGCUGGAGAAGACUUUUCUAUCGUUGCCUCUGACACACGACUGAGUGAAGGUUAUGCAAUUCACUGCCGGGACAGUCCAAAAUGCUACAGACUAACAGACAAAACGGUCAUUGGAUGCACUGGUUUCCAUGGCGACUGCCUUACCCUUACUAAAAUCAUUGAAGCAAGAUUAAAGAUGUACAAGCAUUCCAAUAACAAGACCAUGACUACUGGAGCUAUUGCAGCAAUGCUGUCGACAAUUCUGUAUUCUCGGCGUUUCUUCCCUUACUAUGUUUACAACAUAAUCGGUGGACUUGAUGAAGAAGGGAAGGGAGCAGUAUAUAGCUUUGAUCCAGUGGGCUCAUAUGAGAGAGAUUCUUUCAAAGCAGCUGGAUCAGCAAGUGCAAUGCUGCAGCCCUUGCUUGAUAACCAGAUUGGCUUCAAGAACAUGCAAAAUGUGGAACAUCUUCCCCUGACCCUGGAAAAGGCUUUGCAGCUGGUGAAAGAUGUCUUUAUUUCUGCUGCUGAGAGAGAUGUGUACACUGGGGAUGCGCUUAAGAUUUGCAUUGUCACAAAAGAUGGAAUUAAAGAGGAAAUUGUCCAAUUACGAAAAGACUAAUUCAGUUUGCUUAUAAACAUGUAAUCUAUGAUGUACUAUUUACCUGUAUUAUGGAGACAUCUGUCUUAUUAAAAUUUUUCAAGAAGCUUGA